UGCAGGAGCAGGAGCAGCGGGAGCCAUGGCGGCGGCCGCCGCGACGGACAACCUCCUGGCCCGGCUGCGACGCGGGCAGCUGACGGGCCACGGCCUGGCCCGCCCGGCGCAGCUCCCGGAGGGUUUUCUGAAGGAGAGGGAUAAGCGGGCCGGUUGGAACGGGAUCCCCCUUCUGAUCCGGAAGCUCUACCGGAACAGCCGCCCCAACGGCGACUUCGCCAAGUGCCAGAAGGUCCUCAAGGAGAUCGCCCCUCUGCUGUCCGUCGAGGCCAUAGUGUUCGUCACCGAGGAGAGAAAAGCCAUACGGGAAUCCAAUUUCCCCAGUACCUACACCUUCGACCUCUUCGGAGGAGUCGAUCUCCUCGUGGAAAUCCUCAUGCAACCAACGCUCGCUCCACAGAUAACCAAGCCCAAGAUCAGCGACGACCUGACCAAGGAGUGUCUGAGCAUCCUGUACAACACCUGUAUAUGUACAGAAGGCGUGUCCAGGCGCCUGGCGGACCGAGAAGACUUCGUCCCCUUCCUCUUCUCCCUGAUGACCAACAAGAAGAUUUUCCUACAGACGGUCACGCUGAUCGAGGACGUCCUGGGAGUUAGAAAGGAGAUCAUCCGCCUGGAGGACGUGCCCAACCUCACCACCCUGGUGUCCAGCUUCGACCAGCAGCAGCUGGCCAACUUGUGCCGCAUCCUGGCCGUCACCAUCUCCGAGCAGGACGACGGUUCCGACGACAAGCGCACUCUGCUCGCCAAGAACGCCCUGCACAGGAAAGACCCGGGGCCCUCCCGGGCCGAGGUCAACCAAGCCACCCUCCUGCAGAUCCCGGGCUUCGUGGAGAAGCUGUGCCAGCUGGCCACCCGCAAGGUGGCGGACGGCGCGGCCUCCUCGAGCUUCCUGCAGGAACUGGAGGAGUGGUACAUGUGGAUGGACAACGCCCUGGUGCUGGACCUGCUGCUGCCCGGGGCCGACGACGACCCUGACCACAGCGGCUCAGAGUCUCCGGACGAGAGCGGCCCGACCCCUGCCCGGCUCCGGGUGCCCCAGGCCAUGAAGGUCAUGCACGAGGUCAUGUACAAGCUGGAGGUGCUCUACAUCCUGGGCGUGCUCCUGAUGGGCAGCCAGCGCGGUCAGGUCCACACGCUGCUCGCCAAGUUCCGGCUGGUGCCCGGGCUGAACCGCCUGUUCGAGGAGCUCAUCUGGAGGGAGCACUCGGGUCCCACCCUCGUGCUGCCCGGCCACAACCAGAACUGCGACUGGAGCCCCGACGUCUCUCUGAAGAUUAAGUUUUUGCGACUUCUCCAGAGUUUCAGCGAUCACCACGAGAACAAGUAUCUGUUGUUGAACGGCCCUGAGCUGGAUGAGCUCUGCGCCAUCUCCCGCAAGGCCAACAUCCCUCAGGUGGAGGCGGUUGUCAACACGGACCGGAGCCUGAUCUGCGAUGGGAGUCUCGGGCUGUUGACCCGCCUGCUGCAGGUGAUGAAGAAGGAACCCGCCGACUCGUCGUUCAGGUUUUGGCAGGCGAGGGCCGUGGAGAGUUUCCUCCGGGGCACCACCUCCUAUGCCGACCAGAUGUUCCUGCUGAACAGGGGCCUCCUGGAGCACAUCCUGAGCUGCAUCGUGGACAGCGAGUGCCGCUCGCGGGACGUCCUCCAGAGCUACUUCGACCUCCUGGGCGAACUGAUGAAGUUCAACGCCGACGCCUUCGGGAAGUUCAACGAGUACAUCGACACCGACGCCAAGUUUCAGGUUUUCCUGGACCAGAUCAACAACUCCCUGGUGGACUCCAACAUGCUGGUGCGUUGCGUCACGCUGUCCCUGGACCACUUCCAGAGCCGGCCCGGCGCCCACGCGACCCGGGUUGCGUCCGGGUGUCGCCUGCUGGCCCACGUGUCCCAGCCGCCCGUCAGAACGGCCUUCCUUUUCCGGCUGCUCAGCAUCAUCCGCGUGCAGACCCUGACUCAGGAGAACGUCAGCUGCUUGAACACGGGCCUGGUGAUCCUGAUGCUGGCCCGGCGGAGGGGCGAGCUGCCCCUCUACCUGCGAGCGCUGCGCCGGAUGGAGGCCGACGAGAAGUACCCGGGCUUCGUCCUCAACAACUUCCACAGCCUCCUGCGCUUCUGGCAGCAGCAUUACCUGCACAAGGACAAAGACGGCAGCUGCCUGGAGAACAGCUCCCGCAUCAGCUUUACCUACUGGAAGGAGACGGUGUCCCGCCCUGCUGAGCCCGGACCCACGUCGCCCACGCCCGUCGGCGCCUACGUCGCGGCCUUCAGGGACGUGGACGGAGACUUCGCGGAGGGACUGAACGCCCGGCCCGGCGGGAGCCGCCGGGCGCCGGGCCGCCGGACCCGCCCCCGGGCCGAGCUGCCCUCCCCGCCCGGCCCGCGGCCCCGGGACCCCCCGCCCGCCGAGACGUCGGUGGAGGAAGCCUGGGCCUCGCCCGAGGUGCGGGGGCCGGUCCGGGCGGGCUUAGGGGGGGUCCGGCCCUCCCUGGCCUCCUCCGGGCUGGAGCCGGAGUCCGCCCCUUCCCCCGGCGAACGGCCCCCGGGCGGGCCCCGCCGGUCAAGGCGCCCCUCGAGCCGGUUCCGGCCACCCUCCACCCGGGCCCGCCGAGGCCCCGGGGACCAGGUGGCCCGGCGGCCCCCAGCCGUCCGCGGCCGUCCACUCUGA